AUGUGCUCCCGCGGGUCCUGCCAUGACUACGAGUCCUCCUGCCACGGAUCCCGCUCCUCCUGCCACGGAUCCCGCUCCUCCUGCCACUCGGGGCCCUCGUGCCACUACACCAUCCAGAGGCAGCCCGUGCAGAAGUUCACCUAUGUGACACCCUGCUGCCCCCCGGUGCAGCCCUGCUACCCUCCAGUGCAGCGUUACUGCCCCCCGGUGCAGCCCUGCUGCCCCCCGGUGCAGCGUUAUUGCCCCCCGGUCUGCCCCCAGGUCACCAAGAACAUCUGCAAGCUGCCCCCGUGCUACCCCAAGUACUGA